GUUGCAGAAGAGGAGAAACGAACAUUGAAUAAUUUGCUCCGUCUGGCAAUCCAGCAGAAGUUAGCAUUAACGCAGCGCCUCGAGGAUUAUGAGGUGACUCGAGAACAUGCCAAUACUUCUCUUUACCCCCCACCCUACACAUCGAGUGUGCACCCUUCUCUUCUUACAUCUGGAAGUGGAGGUGGUGGCAACAGUUCAAUCGGUGUAACUGACGAAGGUGGCCCCGCCAUAAAUUCUGUCGCUCAGGGAGGCAUUGCUUCUUCUGCAGGCUCGGGUAUUACCUCUCCUUCGUCCUUCAUCAUGGUGAGCUAA